GGCGAGGCCCCUUUUCCCCGCCCUCCCGCCGCCCGCGCCGGGCGCAGCCGCGGCGAAGCGGAGCCGCAGGGCCGGCGCCUGAGAAGGAGCAAAGUACUGACUAAAGCUAGCAGGCAAAAGAAGCAGAGCUGAAGAAAGAUAAUCUCUGCUUGCAGGUUUGUUAGGAGUAUAUAUCACUUGCUUAGAAAAAAGAGUGUUUCUGUCAGAAACUGAUAGCAGCCUUCCUCAUUACAAAUACUGAAGCAUAAUCAGCUCUACAGAGAAUGCAGUUGUGUCCUCAUGAAGCACAAGGCCUGUCUGUGAACUGGGAGGAUGUGUAAAGAUGGCCCUUUGAUGGGAAACGAGUUCUUCAGGCAACUUGAAGAAUCUCAUCACUUUGCCUUCCUGAUCAUAAAGUUUACAAUGGCAAUGCUCUGGAAAUUCAUGAGAGUAGCUAAGUAUUCUAAAACAACAGCUUUAUCAUCAAAAGUAAAAGUAAGAGGAAUUCCCACCCAUUCAAGGCAUUCUUCAUCCAAGUCUGUACCUUCAGAUUUUGGUGCCAGUGCACCCUGCUCAAAUACGGUGGAACUGCUUGGUAAAUCCUAUCCUCAAGAUGACUACACCAAUGUCACAGAGAAGAUUCUUUCCAAGGUGGGGAAGAACUUGCACAACAGAAAACAUCACCCUUUGUGGCUAAUCAAGGAGCAGGUGAAGGAGCACUUCUACAAACAUUACCUGGGACGCCGUGGGACUCCGCUCUUUUCUGUGUACGACGGUCUUUCUCCAGUGGUUACAGUCCAGCAGAAUUUUGAUAGUUUACUUAUUCCACAAAACCAUGCCAGCAGAAGGAAAGAGGAUAACUACUACUUGAACCGUGACCACAUGCUACGAGCACACACAUCAGCCCACCAGUGGGACUUGAUCCACUCUGGCCUGGACGCCUUUCUGGCCGUGGGAGAUGUCUACCGCCGGGACACCAUUGAUAGCACCCACUACCCCGUCUUCCAUCAGAUGGAGGGAGUGCGCCUCUUCUCCUGCCACGAGUUGUUCUCCAGCAUUAAAGAUGGUGAAGGUUUACAGCUGUUUGAGCAAGGCCAUCGCACUGCACACAAGCAGGAGUGUCACACCAUGGAGGCAGUGAGGCUGGUGGAGUUCAACCUGAAGCAAGUGCUCACGAAGCUCAUGACUCACAUCUUUGGUGACGGACUGCAAGUCAGAUGGGUAGAUUGCUACUUCCCAUUUACUCACCCUUCCUUUGAGAUGGAGAUCAACUUCCAAGGAGAAUGGAUGGAGGUCCUGGGCUGUGGGGUCAUGGAGCAGCAGCUUGUUAACUCAGCUGGUGCUCAGGAUAAAAUUGGCUGGGCAUUUGGCUUGGGUUUGGAGAGGCUGGCCAUGAUCCUGUACGAUAUCCCUGACAUCCGACUGUUCUGGAGUGAAGAUGAACGCUUCUUGAAACAAUUUAUCGGGCCUCACAUUUGGCAAAAAGUAAAGUUCCAGCCACUCAGCCGAUAUCCGCCUUUGAUCAAUGACAUCUCCUUCUGGCUGCCCUCUGAGACAUACUCUCAGAAUGAUUUCUAUGAUUUGGUUCGAACCAUUGGUGGAGACUUGAUAGAAAAGGUUGUCCUGCUGGAUGAAUUUGCCCAUCCAAAGACGAAGAAGGUCAGCCACUGCUACCGUAUCAUUUACCGGCACCCGGAGAGGACGCUAACGCAGGACGAGGUGCAUCGCAUCCAUCAGGCUAUUGAGGAGUCAGCAGUCCGGGAGCUUGGGGUGGAGGGCAGGUUCUAGCAAUGCUGCUCUGGAGCCACGAGGACAGUUGCUUUUUUCUUUCUAUUUUUCCAUUUUUUUUUCCCUCUCUUUUUUUCUUCUGUUUUCUUCUUUUUUUGGGAGGUAGUUUUAGGUCACAAGUAGAGAGACGGGUUUUGUGACUGAGCACAGAAAGGGAUUGAUGAAUGGGCAAUGGUAAAACUGGCAGGUAAUAAACAUUACUACUGAGAAAUCA